GAGGAAAUUCGCUCGCGGUUUUUCGAUCGUAAUUUCAUCGCUCUAAUUUCACCAUUUCCGUUCAUCCUAGGACCAUACAAACUACAUAUCCGGAAAGAAUAUAUCGCAUAGAUCUGAAAUGUGCAUUUGAUGGAUACAUAAAUUGAUACACAUCAAGUAGACCAACAUCAUAACCAUGGCGAUGCGAGCUUGCAGUAUCCUCAGCGUGGCUGUGCUGCUUGGGUCGCUCAUCUGUGUCAGAGGAGCAAUCGACUGCCCGGAUAGGUGCAUCUGCAACGUUAAAAGUGGCGUCUAUAACUGCGAGAAUGCUGGACUAAGGAGCAUUCCGCUAACUAUGCCUAAACCUGAUUCCGUAAAAGAACUACUGCUGAGUGGGAACAUGAUAAGUUUUGUCGGUGCCGAGAUCCAGCCCUAUACGAACUUGGAGGUGCUUGAUCUAAGUUUUAAUCACAUUAAUCUGAUUUUUGACUCGGUCUUGGGAGGUGCAAAAAACUUACGGGUCUUGAAACUGAAUAGCAAUCGGUUGAGUUAUAUCAAUCCCAAAACAUUCAGCGGGUUGGCAAAUUUGACGAAUUUGGAGUUGCGGGUAAACGAUUUCAUGCGGCUCGAGAAGAGCGUUUUUCAGGAUUUGGGGAAAUUGGUCAGCUUGGAUUUAUCGAGAAAUGAUAUUUUGUCCCUGCACAAGGAUGCGUUUCUCGGUUUGUCAAGUCUGUUGACGCUGGAUUUAUCUGGCAAUGAGUUCGAGAAGGUGCCGACUGAAGCGCUGAUGGACGUCAAGGCGUUAAAGUCACUUAUGUUGAGUUAUAAUCCAAUCACGGUUUUGCCUUCCCAUGCUUUCCGACUCCUUCGUGCCUUGAACAAACUGAGUUUAAUCGGGAACAAAAUUAAAGUAAUAUCUGAGUUUGCCUUCCACGGAAAAGAUGGAUCCGAGUUGCCGAAGCUUCAGUAUUUGAAUCUUAAGAAUAAUAAAUUAACACGUGUGCCAUCGAAAGCCAUCAAUUCGAUACCUUCGUUAGAAACAUUGGAUCUUAGCAUAAAUCCUAUUGAUAUGCUUGAACCCGAAGCAUUCAAGGGGUUGGAUAGUCUGAAAUAUCUUUCACUGAACAGUAUGCCGAAGCUACAAGUUGUGAGAAGCUAUGCCUUUUCGGAUCUCAUGGAAUUGGAAGAGUUGGAGAUUCAUAGUAACCCCCAGCUCCGCCUAGUGGAGGAAAAUGCACUGCUGAGUACACCUUCACUUACGAAGCUAGUAUUAUAUGGCAAUAAACUAUCAUCAUUGUCCGAUAAUCUUCUAAUUUCACGCGAUAGCAUGAGCCUUAUAGAUUUUCGUGACAAUCCUUGGGAUUGCAGUUGCAGUUUAGAAUGGAUGUACUAUUAUCUGUGGUCGCGUUUAAACAACAAAACGCGUUUACAAAUAGAGGCAGUCAAAUGCGGAAUGGAUAGUUCUAAUUUUCCUGGGCAGCGCAUUGUUUACCUCGACACAAGAAAUCUCGAGUGUCCAACAGCAGCGACUAGACUUAACCCAGAGCCACAGGCGAAAGGAUUUGACCAUCGUAUUAUGGUUGGGAUUAUAGCAGCCUGUGUUUGUUUCUCCGUCAUUAUUUUAGUGGUUAUUCUUUAUAAGUAUAAAGUGGAUGUACUGAAACCGCUGCGGAGUCAGAUUAGGUAUCGAACUCAUAAAGAUUCUGUGUCCGAGGCGGAGAUUGCUGGAGGUGAAGAACAUGAACCAAUGGCUCAGGUUAUACAGGUUGAGUGUGUUAAAACUUAGCAUUGUGUUCCAAAUUAGUGGUGUUAUUAUGAAUAUGAAUGUUCGUUAAUAAAUCAUAUAAAUUUGUGUUAUCAGUAUAGGGGGAUAUGGUCUUUCUGUAACACCGGGAUUGCCGAAAAAAUACUUCUGGGAUUUGGGAUAAAUUGUGUGGCAAAUUGGGGUGUGCUAUCGGGUAAGAGGACUUGCAAAAUGACUAAUGGGAUAUUGGAUUCCCUUAUAUCUGACCCACCAAAAUGAGUCGCAUGUCGCUCCGAGCUUGACAGGUUGAGAUGGCCUUGUUGAUCAUUUCACUAUUGUCUGCCUUUUGUGAAAUCUGAGUAUAUCGAUUUCUUCUAUUAUGCCCUGGUGUAAUUUUAGGCUCAUCUUCUGUGCAACAUGCGACUCAUUUUGCCGUGGUGGGUCACAUCUAAUGGGAAAGACCUCAAAUCACUUCCCUAACUUUUGCAACCCUUGCAAGAUGACAUGAUUUGCAUAGACCAUGUUUCAUUUUCCAAGGAGAAAUGAAACGUUGGAUGAGAGUAGCUAGCUGUAAGCGAACAGUUUUAGCGGCAUUUGAAAAACUAUUUUAUUAGCUAUGAUCCAGGGCUUCUGGUGGGCCAGUGUGCGUAAAGUAAAAAGUUUCUUUUUUGCGAGUAUUAAAAUGAUAGCCAUGAGUUGGGCAAAAAUCUUUUUGAUAGAGUCUUUUCAAAGUGUUUUAGAAUUCAGUGCCUUCCCUCUGAAUGUUGGCAAUAAGCCAAAUGGCUUAAAAAUACAAAGGGUUGAUAUUUUGAGAGAGACUUUCCAGAUACACGUACAAUACCACAUUUGUUGUUUGAUCAAUACUUGUAAUUUCAGUGUAGUUACAGAAAAUGAUGUACAUGUAAGGUAAAUUGGUACAAUUAUUCCAUAGCCCCAGUACAAGUAUGGCCACUACAGUGUUGGUACAUGUACAUUACACAUCAACUGAGGUUAUAAUUGUACCACCUAACCUUACUAUUUCCUGAUAAGAUUCCGUAAUCCCGCAAAGUACUGACGCACAAAAUGUAAAGUUUCGCUGUAAAAGGUAGGCAACCGCAUAAACAAAAAACCUCCCACAAAUAUUUUCUGGGAAAGGAUUACAAAACCAUGUCGGCCACCAUUCUUGCCUACUCCAACCUAUGAUCUCGGUCGUGUACAUGUACCUUCACCAGAAGCUGACAAGAUGAUGAUAAUGGUCUCUAUAAAUUUGUUUUACAAUACAUACUUAUUGUUAUGGUUUUUACACGAUGAGUGUUUUUACCUGUAGUUUCUGGUGUUCCUGUACUGUAUACACCAAGUUGUAAUUAUCAAAAAUAAUAAGGGGUUAUAAAUCUAGAAUGAAUGAAUGAAAUUUACAAUUGAUUUAUACACCGGAAAAAAAAAUCUCUCUAAAAUGUGGUUCAAAAACAUCAUCUGGAAUGGUGUGACUUUGGCCCAUGCCUGAAAAUGGCAACAGUCUUCACAUUUGUGACCCGCUCUACCAAAACUAGGCGCUUGUCGCAUCUGAACUUGACAGGUUGAUACGGACUUGUUGUUCAUUUCCCUAUUGUACUAGACCUUUUGUGAAAUGUGACCAAAUCAGUUUGUAAUAGAUUUCACAAAAGGUCUACAAUAGGGAAAUGAACAACAAGUCCGUAUCAACCUGUCGAGUUCAGAUGCGACAAGCGCCUAGUUUUGGUAGAGCGAGUCACAUUUUGAGUCUUGAGUUUUCAGAAUGUUGACCACAUUUUAAAAAUUGAGUUAUUGUUUUGGCCAAAGUUAGGUUCAUUGACCUCGAAUGUGUUUGAUAUCAGAAUGUUUGUCAAUGAUACUGACAUUGUGAGACUGUACAUAACCAAAUAUUUGAUGUUCUAGAUAAGGAUACAUGGUGUGUAGUGUCUAGCCUUGUUGGACUUUGGUCUGGUCAUGGUGUUUAGAGAUAGGCUGGGCUCUAGUGUUCAACAAAUAACAUUAUUACAGUGUAUCUGUGUUCUAUUUUAAGUGUUCAAUUCAACAUCUUCAGUGUCCGGAAACUUAGUACAUGAUGUACCGUUCUAAUAUUAAUAUUAAUAUUAAUAUUAAUAUUAUUAUUAUUAUUAUUAUUAUUAUUAUUAUUAUUAAUAUUAAUACAUUUUUGGUCAGAAGAAACUUCCCAUUGGGUGUUCAAGUUAAAUACGGCCUAAUAUAUCUGUUCAUUCAAUUUGACUAAAAUUUGAAACUUCGUACUGAAUUCAGUGUCGUUGUGUUGACUGAUACCUUGUCAAGACUCGGCGAAUUUCAGACCUGAGCCAUGAGAAAGUAUCGAUUAGUAUAUUGUCACUAUUUAGGCAUGAAUUUAAACUUUGAACAUAUUUCUUCCACUCGAUUCUCCAUCCCGCCUUGCCAUGUCUGACUAUAAUCCACAUUCUACGUUUACUUGCAUGUGCGACGGACAUGCAUUGUUUACAAUAUCAAGUGAGUUCUUGCCUGUUUAAAGCUUAACCGUUACCUUUACACUUUAUAACAUUUCUUCAGUGAUUUUUACGAUUUGUUCUGUGAUCACUGCUUUUAGUCUUAUUGGCCAUGGUAUACCGAGCCAUUCUAUUUUAUUUUACUUGUUUCUCCUGUGUUUUGGUAUGAAUCAUUGUUUUAUGGUACCUACUUGCAACAUUUCUACCAUUCUGGUGUACUUCUUGUGUAAAGUUGACGGUUCAGCUUUAAUGAUAUUCGUGUCUAAAAAACUAUGGCAGCACACCAUUUUCAUUGCUUUAGUCAAUCAAUAUCAUGUCGAUGAGACUGAAUAUCGAUGGGUAUCAAACAGGAUAAAGAAGAUUUUUGGCUCACCCGGUAUAAAAUGGGCAGUCAUUGGCUUGGUAUCAAGUCCGACAAGGGCUAAAUUGGCUAUUUCUGAAUUCAUGUUUUGUUUUUUUCUCGAUUAUGGAGGUUGUGAAGGUGUUGCUGCAUGUGACGUCUGCAAAAACCUAAUUUCAAAAACUGUUUCUUUUGCUGAAUUUCAGCUUUUGCUUCGAAUACGGAGCGACUUGUGGGCAUUACUUUGUUUCAAUGUUUGUUUACAUGGUGACUCAUGACAGGUUCUGUUCAUGACGUUUUGCUUAAAUUUAAUGUACUCUGCUAGUGCUACGCGACUAUUUUCUUCAGUAUAUUAAGAAGAAAUAUGUGCUUCUUUUUCCAUGCUUCAUUCAUUCAUUUUCCAAAGUCUGCGUGAAUGUGUUGAUAUUUGAAACCGAAAGGCCAGUACAAAAAUUUGAAUUCAACAAUAUUAGGUGUCACUAAUGUGAUUUAUUAGGAGUAAUAAUAACAUUUCUGUUGAUAUUGUGUAAUAUCAAAAAUAAAAGUGAGCCUUAUAUAUUUUUCUCAGACAUUUCAUCUUCAAAAUGACACCUGACAAUUUUUUUGUUUUUUCUCUCUUUGGUGCUCAGAAAAAAAUUGCAACCCUAUUUUAAAAACAGGAAUUUUUUAGCACUUCAGGAUGAAUAUGAAUUUUUGUAUCAUAUUUUUCUCCUCAAAACUGUUUUGGACAGAUAAGUGUUGCUUCCUGUCCAUUGUGUGAUUGAAGAGUUGUACAAUCAUGUAUCAAUAAUCUUCAUUAUCAUUUGUUUGUGUUUUUUGAAAAGUGUAGAAUCAUGGUAAAAUUCAUAAUGACAUUUGAUAUUGUGAUCGUUUAUUUCAUGUGAUGUCUGGAAAUUUCUGGUCAACCAAUCAGUUUUGGAAUGCAAUUUCUGUAAACUACCUUAACAACAAAACCGGAUAUGGAAAAAAAAGGAUUUGGAUAUGCAGAAAAUGGUUUGGUUAACCAAAGUUUCAGACAGCUAAAAUGCAGUCUUUUGGCCUUGACCGACAGAAUUAUGAGACAAUAUAUCAGUGUUAUUGCAUCAAUUCCUUUGCAAUGUUUGACGAUGUAUUUCCUACUCAUCGGCGAACACGAAAGCAAUCAGUUUUCACGUGUUUUAUGUAGAACUUCCCAAGUUGUACAGAAUUUAUUUUAUAUCAGUAUUAAAUAAAAGUGUUAUACAUGUA